AUGCGUUCGCCUCGACAUUGUAAGUUGAGCGUCGCACCUCUACCGGCGUCCCCCGCUUCGCGUGACACUGACACCAGGAGCCAGAAGCAAGUACAGUCAACAGGCGAUGACCGAGCAGGAGCCCGCCUCGCGCCGCCAGAGUACGGUUGCGAGCCGCCUCCAGCAGGAGCCCGCCUCGCGCCGCCAGAGUCCGGUUGCGAGCCGCCUCCAGCAGGAGUCCGCCUCGCGCCGCCAGAGUCCGGUUGCGAGCCACCUCCAGCAGGAGCCCGCCUCGCGCCGCCAGAGUCCGAUUGCGAGCCGCCUCCAGCAGGAGCCCACCUCGCGUCGCCAGAGUCCGGUUGCGAGCCGCCUCCAGCAGGAGCCCGCCUCGCGCCGCCAGAGUCCGGUUGCGAGCCGCCUCCAGCAGGAGCCCGCCUCGCGCCGCCAGAGUCCGGUUGCGAGCCGCCUACAGCAGGAGCCCGCCUCGCGCCGCCAGAGUCCGGUUGCGAGCCGCCUCCAGCAGGAGCCCGCCUCGCGCCGCCAGAGUCCGGUUGCGAGCCGCCUCCAGCAGGAGCUCACCUCGCGCCGCCAGAGUCCGGUUGCGAGCCGCCUCCAGCAGGAGCCCGCCUCGCACCGCCAGAGUCCGGUUGCGAGCCGCCUCCAGCAGGAGCCCGCCUCGCGCCGCCAGAGUCCGGUUCCGAGCCGCCUCAUCCAUUUAUAUACUCGUAA